GCCGAGUGUGUUGCAGUCAGUGGGAGAGAAGUAGACGAGCUGUACGGGUCUGUGCUGGCCUGGAGAGACUAUGGAGCGCUGUCUGUGUUAUGUGACGCUGUGUCUGCUGGGCCUCGGCUUCUUGGAAACAAAUGCUUUUGAAGUGGAAAUAAAAGAUGCCUCCAAUAAGACCUGUAUAUUUGCCAGUAUGAAAGUCAAAUUUACAGUAGAGUAUGAAACCAACAAUGGCACAUUUAGAAAUGUAACCUUUACAGCACCUGAUAGUGUAACCACUGAAGGCAGUAGAUGUGGGAAUAGUACUGAGCCACCAUUAUUGAAUGUCAACUUUGGCAAAGGGCAAUCAUGGAGCCUGAACUUCACAAGCGAUGCCGAAGAAUACAGAUUCAGUUUCCUCAGCUUUACUUACAACACUAGUGACUCCACGUUGUUUCCAGAGGCAAAGCCAAAAGGGCUAUUGACAUCUGCCACAAAUACAGGCAUCUUUGUUCCAGUUCCACUGAACGCAGCUUAUAAAUGUUCACAUGAUGAUACUCUGAUUACAGAGCAUGUUGUUCAAUUAUAUUGGAAUGUUACACUGCAAGCGUAUAUGGAGAAUUCCGCAUUGGGCAGAGAUUUUCGUUGCAGUGCUGACCUUGUACCUUCUACACCAUCAGCACCUACUACACCAUUGCCAACUACCCAUAACACAACUACACCAUUGCCAACUACGCAUAACGCAACUACUCCAUUGCCAACUACGCAUAACACAACUACACCAAGCACAACAGCCAUCCCAAAACCAACCUCCAAACCAACUCCAAAACCUACUCCCAAACCUGUGGACAAACCGGCUGUUGGCAAUUACUCUGUUUCAAAUGGCUCAGAGACCUGUCUGCUGGCUUCCAUGGGUCUGCAGCUUAAUGCUUCCCUGCUGGUGGAAGGAAAGAAUGUUUGGACUGCAAUUGACAUUAACCCCAAUACCACUGUGAGUUCUGGAAAUUGUGGAAAUGAGACUGCUCUCUUGAGACUGACUGACAACACCACCACUGUUAUUGAAUUUUACUUUAUUAUUAAACAAAAGAACUUCCACCUUCAAGAAGUUAAUGUGACCCUGAUCAAUGGUUCAGGCAUUUCCUAUAGAACAAAAGUUAAUCUGAGUUUAUGGGAAGCAUCUUCAACCAACUCUUACCUGUGCCACAAGGAGCAGCUUAUCACCGUCUCAGAAGACCUCUACAUUAAUACAUUUGACGUGAGAGUACAGCCUUUUAAUGUACAUAAUGGAACAUAUGCCGCAGCUGAAGAUUGCUUUGCAGAUCAGAAUUUCACUGUGCCGAUAGUCGUGGGAGCUGCAUUGGGAGCCCUUGUAAUCCUAGUGAUCGUGGCUUAUUUCAUUGGUCGCAGGAAUCGCCGUUCAGCUGGAUAUGAACAUUUUUAAAGUUUUUAGGAGAGCCAAAAAGUAUUUUGCUAAAAAUUCACAUUGAGCAAAACUGCCCACUGUACAUAUUGCUUUAUUUUGUUUAAUACCUGUAAAAA